GAAAAGAACAACAAAAACGUUAAAAAGUGAAAAAAACCGCCAAACAGAAGUUUUUUAUUGAAAUAAUGAACGUGGCAAGAAAAAAACCGCAAAACAGAAGUUUUCCUAUGAAAACAUAAAACGUGGCAGUUAAUUUCUCUCUCCUCAAAAUCUUUUAAUAAAAAAAAAAUUAAAUAAGUUACUUGUCUUUCAUUUUGUAUUUUAAAAAAUUAAAAAAUAGAUUACUGUUUAAAAUAAAAAAAAUAAAAAAAUAUAAUUUAAGUAAAAACAGUAAUAAAAAACAAAUUUAAAAAUACUAACAACAGAUAAUAAAAAGAACACAAAGGAGACUCAAACGAACAUCAUUUUCUUUACUUAUAGGCCAAAAGAACAAAAGAGCGGACGAAAAGAACAACAAAAAAAAAAGGAAGUUUAAAUUUGAAAAUACUGUAGCAGUUAUUUUCUCUCUCUUCAAUUUAUCAUAUAUAAAUACAUCAUUGAAUGCGACAUUUAUUUUCAUUUUCACACUCAACCUACAUGCAAAACCUUCACUCACCAACAAUCAAAAAAACAGUGCAAAACCUUUCAAAUUCUUGCAAAUCCGAACUUCCCCAAUUUGGAAUUCUACUAUUUUCACUCUAAAAACUUCCCCAAUUUGUUUUUUGGAAGUGAUAAUCUGGUUACAAAAACUUGAACCCUAACAAUUGAAAAUGGGGAAAUCGAAAAAAGGAGAAGAAGUUGAUGCGAAAUGUUCUAUUGAGGAUGAUGUUCCUUUGACAACGACUUUAUUGAACUUAAGAAACAAAAAGAAGAAAGAGAAAGAAAUUACACCAACAAUUGAUGCGGAUUUGUUGGAAGAUAUCAACAAAGAAGUUUCAGAAACGGAAGAAGAAGAAGAGAGCGAACUUUCCAAACAAAGGAAAGCAUUGCAAGAACAACAGAAGAUGGUGCAAGCACUUCAGGAAAAGCUGCUACAACAGGAAAAGCAGCUGGAUCUGAUUGAACAAAAAAAGAAGGGUGGAGAAGGACAAAAAAAUUCCAGCAAAGAUCCUGAAAAGUAGGAAGAAACUGAAAAGAAAGAGCAUGAAGUAAAAGUGCAUGAAGAAGUGAAAGAACCUAAAAAAGAGGAGGCUGAGGUAAAAGUUCCAGAAGAGCUGGAUGAACCAGAAAGAAAA